AUGGAUUACGCGCAAAAAAGUACCAAGCUCAGUAUUUCAAAAACGGUUAAAAAUUUAAAAAUAUUUUCAACUUUUAAGAUAGUAAAAAUUAUUUUAUAUUUAAUAUUUUUAUUACAAAUUGAGUUUCCACAUAUCUUUAAGUUUUUUAUUAUUAUUAUUUUAUAUAAAUUAUUAAAUAAUAAUUAUAUUAAAAUAAUAUAG